AUGGAUUUCGAGUUAAAUUUAUUGGCAGAUCUUGAGACUUCCUCGGAAUACGUUCGCGGAGUGCUGUGGACGAUCUUGUUCCAUAGACUACUUGGAUGCGUACAACCAUCGCAGGGAAGUUUUUAUGGCGUGACCUAUCCUACAGUCAAUAAUCCCGAAUUAGAGGAGCUGGUCGAAGCUAAAACACAGGCUAUUGUGGACGCAUUCUCUUACGAGAUUGCACAUACAUCUACUGAUCAGGACUCCAACAUGAUUUUCAAAGGCGUGAUGGUGCUGAAAUUCUACGAUCGCAAGGUUGAACAGAAUGGCAGACAUUCAAACGGCAGCAGCGUACCGAAUUCGCGUUCCCACUCCCAGUCAUCUUCUAUUUCGUUUCAACCUAAAAUCGACAAAUUCGCCAAUUGCUGGGAAAGAUGGAUCCUCAAGAUCAGCAUUCUGAAGAACGUCAAUCUGAUGCUGGAUGGACCAACCAAGCUCGAAACCUACAAGCAGGAUUUUGAGAAGAAUAUGUUUGCCAUUUUAAACUACGCCGAUACCAACAAGUCACACAUUCCUCCAAUUACGCGCGUAGAGCAGGCGCCUUUCCCUUUCAAAGUGCUAUUUGCACUCAACACUCACGAACCACACACUCUAAACAGAGCCUUCCGCAAUUUUGAGAUCUCCGAUACAGAGUCGGAGGAGCUGGUCGACUACAGUAUGGAGUCUCUUCCUGAUACAAAUGAACGCAACAGGAACGCUUACAAUGGCCAGGAAAUGCUAAAAACGGGCUACAAGUUUAUUAAAAAGCUGCUUGAGUAA